AUGGAGGACACCAGCACCUAUGCAGUGGCCGAGGAAGCUGCCAAUGAUCCCGAGGAUGAUGCUGUUGUCAAAGGCAUAACUGGUUCCUUUUCCAGAGAUGCUAAUGAAACAGGUUUUGAGGGAGUCACCUUCUCUUCCUCAUCAGUUUUAGACCUGAGUCAAAGAGGCCUGUGCCAUUUGGGAGAUUUCUUUAAAAUUCCCAACCUUAAACAAUUAUACCUGCAGAGGAAUUUGCUCAGUGAGAUUCCAAAGGAUUUCUUCCAGCUGCUGCCCAACCUGACAUGGCUGGACCUCCGUUACAACAAGAUCAGUGCUCUUCCUUCUGGGAUCGGCUCUCAUAGACAUCUGAAAACUUUGCUUUUAGAAAGAAAUCCUAUCAAAAUGUUACCCCUUGAGCUAGGGCAGGUCACCACACUGAAGGCACUGAACCUGAGACACUGCCCUCUGGAAUUCCCUCCUCACCUGAUUGUUCAGAAAGGCUUGGUAGCCAUCCUGACCUUCCUACGGAUCUGCUCGGUGGAGAAUGCCUUCCCUGGAGGUGAGUCAUCUCAGGGAUGGUUCUUCCCCCUAGUAAAUCUCUCUGGAAAUGCCCUCAUUGUGGCAAAGGAGAAGGAGGAGGAGGAGGCUGAUAUCUUCCUGCCUAUGGACUGGCUAGACCUGAGUGAGCUCCACAGAUCCAGCAUCUACUCUGAGAACUGGCCCAGUGAGGAGGAGAUCAGGCGCUUCUGGAAGCUGAGGCAGGAGAUUGUAGAGAAUGAGAAAGUGGAUUUCCUGGAGAAGAAGCUCUUGGCUGUCGAGCUGCCCCCAAAUCUCAGGGCAGCACUAAAUGCCAAGGAAAAAAAGCGCCGGAAGCCAGGGCCCUCAGGCAGAAAGAAGUCCACCUCCUUCAAAGGCAUCUUGCCCAGCCUCCCUUCAACGUACCAAAACACAGCUCGUUCAAAAAGGCUGGAUGACAUUCAUAUGGCAGCUCUCAGGGAACUCAAAGAAAAGGAGACAAUGCUGGAGCAGCGGAGGAGAGACAAGAGAGUUCUGCAGGAGUGGAGAGAGAAGACCCAGAUGAUGAGGAACAGGAGGGAGUUCAAUAGAUUCCAGCCUCCACUUAAGAACAUGAUGGCAUCAAAGAUUCCCUUUGCCACAGACCUGAUAGACGACCGGGAAAUGCCAGUGAAUCCAUUCUGGAAACUGAAGCACAGCAGAGAGAGGACAACACAGAGCAGUGCAGAAAUGAGUGCCUCGCCAUUAGCAGAUCUGGAGGAGAAGAUAAGGCGGCACACACAGAAGAUCCGUGCUCGAAACUUCCUGGGUACCAACCCACUGCAAGACAUGAAGAUGGCCAACCAGGACUUGGAAACUGCCAAGAAACUUCAGGAGGAAUUAAGGAAACUGAAACUGGAGAUGACCUUGAACAGAGAACACUCAUUUGCAACUUUCCCUGGAAACCUUUCCCUUCACCCACCAGCAUCACAGCCUCAAAAUAUAUUUUUUAACACAAAAUACUAGGAAAGUGAUGCUGUCAGCAGGGAUGACAAGUACCUCCCACAGUGAGGAGCUGCUACCCCGUGUGGUGUAGCACGGAAUUGGCAGUAGGGCAACUAGCGGGUCUUCAGCUGCUCCUCCGGCUGCAGCUUUGGAUAGACCUCUCUUCUGAGGCUAUAGGUUCAACUGCAUUAAAAGGAAGA